UGAUGUUGACAUUUUGACUGAACAUGACUUCGUGCCUGCACUGCCAGCAGUCAGGAAAGGGAGAGGGAGGAGGAGGGACAGGAGAACGUCCACUUUUGGAAAAACUAUUACCUGAGGGAUAUGUCCAUUUGGUGUGCUCCUAUGUGGAGACGGCACAGGCUCAGUUUAGGGCACAUAUUAAACUGAGAAUUACCUCAGAAGAUGAGGUUCAUAAAUGGCUGGAAGAUUUCCAAACCUCAUCUGGGCUGACUUGGAGAAAGUCUAAAACAUAUCCAAACACUGGACGUUACAAUGCUUACAGGGUGGACUUAAGGUGUCAGCACAACACCUUUCCCAAAACAGUUGGGAAAAAGACCAAAAAUACAUCAUGUGCUGCCACCAUGUACUUGGUCCUGAAAAGGCACACAUACAGCCAAAACAGGAAGUCAAGGUCUGGGGAUCCACAUAUUAAGGAUGGGUACCUAUUGAAUGUCAAUCUCAGACAUGAGCACAACCACCGGCUGUCGUGUGCUGACGCUGUACGGAAACGUGAUGUCUCAGGCGAGACCAUUGCCAAACUGAAGAUGCUCUUUGAGAGUGGCCACUCCCCCUCCUCAGCACUGGAUAUGAUCAAGUAUGAUCUGCAGGAGCAGGAAGGGGAAAAUUACAUCCACGCUGCUGCAGACCGCUCCAUUUGUCCUGAUGUUCAUUUUUGUUACAGGCUUUACUACAAGCUUUUCCAGAGAGCUUAUGGUUCACCGUCAGGGGAGGAGAUGCUGGUAGAUCUCAAUGGCAGACUUUACCAGUACAACAUGGUGCAAGGGGCUACAAGUGCAAAAAUGGAAAAAACCGAAGACGGUCACGUGAUCAUUGCCAUUUGUACCCCAGUCAUGAAAAGAGUACACACAAUGUUGAGAGAGAGUGGAGAAAUCGUCUUUGUGGAUUCAUCGGGAAAUUGUGACCGCCAGAACCACCGGAUAUUUCUCUUUCUCAGCCACUCCACUGUUGGAGGAUUGCCAUUGGGGGUGCUCAUAACGACAUCAGAGAGCAGCUCCACCAUUACAUCUGGGCUUCAGCUCCUGCAAACCCUUUUCCCUAGCGGUAGCUUUUUUGGACGAAAGCAGCCUCAAGUCAUCAUGACAGAUGACUGCAGAGCUCUGCGGCAGUCCCUCCAGGCAGUUUUUCCUGAAGCCAGGCUGCUCCUGUGCGUGUUCCUCCAACUGCAGGCCAUGUGGAGAUGGUUGUGGAGUGCCCACAAUGGUGUGGCUAAGCAAGACCGACUACAGCUCUUAAAUUCAUUCAAGAGCCUUGUCUACGCUGACUCAACCCCAUUACUGACAGAGCAGUACAACCGAUGUCUUGCUGACCCUGUUGCCAUGAAAUAUCCUAGAUUUCUCCACCACUUGGCAGAGAGAGGGCAUGACACCAACAGUAUUGUGGAGAGUGUUGUCAAAGUGGUGAAGGAGAAGGUCCUCCACAGGAUCAAGGCAUACAAUGCUACUCAGUUGGUAGAUUUUGUUACCACCAGGAUGGACGCCUACUACAUUCGUUGUCUCACCAACAUAGCAAAUAACAGAAUGGCUGAGCUUCCCAGAACAAAGCCUUUCUUUUAUGGAAAUGAUGUGGAUUGUGAAAAGAUUGCACAGGUAGACCAAAACCACUAUGUGGUUCGAAGCGCAACAUCUGAGUUGCAGUAUGAUGUCAACAUGGUGAUUGGAUGCUGCACAUGUGCAGUUGGAGUCACUGGUGCACCAUGCAAACAUCAAAGUGCAGUUUUGAAAAAGUUUGGUCAUCAUGAGAGCUUCCUACAUGUCACCACACCUCAGAUGAGAAAGCUCUACAAUGAGAUUGCAACCGGUUUGGGCAGUGCUCAGGAGGAGAGCAUGGAUGGGGAUCCUUCAACCGCCAAAUCUGGCACCUUGGGUAUUGAAGGCAUUUUGCCAGAGGCAAGUGACUGCACCAUUGUGAAUGCCAGUCCACAAGGUACAUCAGGAGAGCACCUUGAGGAGAUGAUCCAGCAGGUCUGCAGGAGUCUUACAGAUAAACUAAAAGAUGACCCCCAAGCCUUCACAGCACCGAUUCGCACCUUUCUAGGAACCUACAAUAAAAUGAAUGAUAGCUCCCUCAUGUCAGCUCUGCAUUGUUUUGGUAAGGUGCCACAGGUGAAAUUAAAAAAUCUGCAGUCUUCAAAAAUGAUUGGCGUACAACCAACAGCUAUUGCCAGAAGAAAGGUGGCACUAGGGGGAAGACGAACAUUGAUACCUGGACAACCUCCAAAAUGCUCAAGGAAGGAGCAUCCGUAUUCAAAAAAACAACAGCGCAGGAGAAGUGCACCUCAUUCCAUGUUAAAAUGUGUAGAGGAGAACACAUCUCUCAGUGAUAAUCACUAGCGCAACUGCAGUGCACCUCACCUUCCCCAUCCCCAUCCUCACCCUUCCCAUUCCUUCCCAGAACAUGGACAUUCAACUGCAGUGCACCUCACCCUUUCCAUCCUUUCCAGAGGAUGGACACUCAACUGCAGUACACCUCAAUGCUCCACUCCACUGGAGCUAUUUUUGCACAUAGUUACAUGCCUAAAGUUUUAUGUCUAUAGUUAUAGAAGAGGAUACCAGUCAUUGAAAAUAUCAAGACAGUUAUAAACUGGCUGUGAAUGUUUAUGAGGUACAUUAUACCACAAGUUCAGAAAUGAAUGGGAGGUUGAGGCAAAAAUGCCCUUGAAAAUUCAAAAAAUAUCCGUGAAAUUAAAAAUAACUCAAUUUGGAGCACCCUUAUUUGCGUUUCACCCUGUUCAUAUCACUAUUUCUAAAUAUGCAAUAUAACUGUAUUAUUUAAUAGUUCAAUAAAAUUGCUCUGGAAAAGGACCAAAAUGAGCAUAAAAGUCAGCUCAUGGGGGCAAAAAAUACCCCUAGCAAAGGAGUUACUGUUACUUGUAAACGUUAACAUCUUUUUGAUCAUCAAGCCUUGUUGUUUUGAACGGAGGCUGUGCAUCUUUCAUUCGGUUUGAGUGUAAAAGGUGUGCAAAUAUUUAAACCAGAGCACUGAUGCCAGCAGGAAGAUGCGAGGUUUUGCCAUUUUCCCUAAGGUUUCUUGCUUGUAUGUUUUAUUCUAUCUGCUGUUUGAUAUUAAAGCUUUUUCAAUGUGAAAUGAAUACAUGAAAUAUGAA